CCCUCCCUAUUCCGCCCCGCAGCCUAGCGGAGGCCGGGUUGGCCGGAGCUUGCCGGCUCCGGGCCAGUCCACCAGCUCAACGCGCUCUAGCCAGCCAUGCGUCCUGCGGCCGCUCCUGCGCCCAAGUGGCUGCUCCUCUCGCUGAGCGCGCUGCUGUCGCUGUGGCCCGUAACCAGAGCCUGGGAGCUCACGAUCCUGCACACCAACGACGUGCACAGCCGGCUGGAGCAGACCAGCGAGGACUCCACCAAGUGCCUCAACGCCAGCCAGUGCGUGGGCGGCGUGGCGAGGCUCUACACCAAGGUGCAGCAGAUCCGCAGGGAGGAACCCAACGUGCUGCUGCUGGAUGCUGGCGACCAGUACCAGGGCACCAUCUGGUUCACCGUUUACAAAGGUCUCGAAGUGGCACACUUCAUGAACACCCUGCGCUACGAUGCCAUGGCACUGGGAAACCACGAAUUUGAUAACGGUGUGGAAGGACUGAUUGAUCCUCUCCUCAGAAAGGUCAAGUUUCCAAUCCUGAGUGCAAAUAUUAAGGCACAGGGGUCGCUAGCACCUCAGAUAUCCGGACUGUAUUUGCCAUAUAAAGUUCUUUCUGUCGGUGGUGAGGUUGUUGGGAUUGUUGGAUAUACGUCAAAAGAAACCCCCUUCCUCUCAAAUCCAGGGACAAAUUUAGUCUUUGAAGAUGAAGUCACCGCAUUGCAACCUGAAGUAGAUAAACUAAAAACUCUAAAUGUGAACAAAAUCAUUGCCCUUGGACACUCUGGUUUUGAAAUGGAUAAACUCAUUGCUCAGAAAGUGAAAGGCGUGGACAUUGUGGUGGGAGGACACUCCAACACCUUUCUUUACACAGGAAACCCGCCUUCCAAAGAAGUGCCUGCCGGCAAGUACCCAUUCAUAGUCACCUCCGAUGAUGGCCGGAAGGUUCCUGUGGUCCAGGCCUAUGCUUUCGGCAAAUACCUGGGCUAUCUAAAGGUUGAGUUUGAUGACAAAGGGAAUGUCAUCACUUCACACGGAAACCCCAUUCUUCUGAACAGCAGCAUCCCCGAAGAUCCAACCAUCAAAGCAGACAUUAACCAAUGGAGGAUAAAGCUGGAUAAUUAUUCUACCCAGGAACUGGGGAGAACAAUCGUCUACCUGGACGGCUCCACUCAGUCAUGCCGCUUCAGAGAAUGCAACAUGGGCAACCUGAUCUGUGAUGCUAUGAUUAACAACAACCUCCGACACCCAGAUGAAAUGUUCUGGAACCAUGUGUCCAUGUGCAUUUUAAAUGGAGGUGGCAUCCGGUCCCCCAUUGAUGAGAAGAACAACGGCACAAUCACAUGGGAGAAUCUGGCUGCUGUACUGCCCUUUGGAGGGACGUUUGACCUGGUCCAAAUAAAAGGUUCCACCCUGAAGAAGGCUUUUGAGCACAGCGUGCAUCGCUAUGGCCAGUCCACUGGGGAGUUCCUGCAAGUGGGUGGAAUCCAUGUGGUAUAUGAUCUUACCCGAAAACCCUGGAACAGAGUGGUGCAAUUAGAUGUUCUUUGUACCAAGUGUCGAGUGCCCACUUAUGAGCCUCUGGAAAUGGAUAAAGUGUAUAAAGUGACGCUCCCGAGCUACCUCGCCAGUGGUGGAGAUGGAUUCCAGAUGAUAAAAGAUGAAUUAUUAAAACAUGACUCUGGUGACCAAGAUAUCAGCGUGGUUUCUGAAUACAUCUCAAAAAUGCAAGUAGUUUACCCAGCCGUUGAAGGGCGGAUCAAGUUCUCUGCAGGAAGUCAUUACCAGGGAAGCUUUCCUUUAGUAAUUCUUUCAUUUUGUGCAGUGAUCCUUGUUUUGUACCAAUAAUGAACAGGAAGUCUCCUUGUCCUUGAUGUCAAACUACAUUUUUCUUCCAGUGAUAUUCAAAUCUGCCUCUGGAGACCUGGCUUUGUAAUGGUGUUUACCAUCCUCAAGGCUCAUAGCCGACGCUCAGAGCACUUCGCAAGGAAGAAACUAACUAGAACAUCGUUUGUCAGGGCCAGCAACUCAGUGAGCAGAUAGAAAGUCUGAACCAACAGGGUUCUUUUCGGGAGUGGGGGAAGAAAACAACUAGAUGUAAUUUACAUAUCCACGUAACGGAUUUGAACCACAAAAAUAAUUCUUCACUUUCUAUUCAUUUCUAAUCCAUCAAACAACUAAUGUUUACAUAGAACUUGAUCAUUGCCAGCUGUGGUGGCGCAUGCCUGUAGUCACAGCACUUGGGAGGGAGAGGAGGAUGGCUGCCAAGGUCCAGGUCAGCCUGACCUAUAUAGAGUUUGAGCUAGUCAGCUAGACAUCAAGACUCUCACAAACAAAAACUGUUAUAAUUUACAAGGAAAUUUUUGUAGAUAAGUGUUGGUUCUUCUGUGUGAUACGUUAGCAGAAAGGAUUGACAUGUUCAAGGCCAUAUAUCCCCAAAUGAUACAUUUAAGACCUGUCUAGGUCUUUUGACCUCAAAUCCAAUAGUCCCUCCUACAUCAAGUCUCCUUUCUUCCUGCCGAUGGCCCCAGAUGACAAAUCUCUGGUUUAUUUCUGCCCACCAUACACCCCUUUCUUUCGGGCUUCUGUUGUCUACCAAUUUUGAAAGACUGGAUCCUGGACAGGAUCCUGUCUUACAACACCAUGUGCCUUUGAUGAGUCAUCGACACACUGGCAGUUAGUCAGGGGGCAGCGGAGAAAGGGAAGGGAGGGUGUGCCCAGGACUGGUACAUCGCAGGAGAGAGGAUGGGCAUUUACAUGUGUUAUAUAAACACUUGCAAAGGAGCAGAGCAUGAUUCCAAAGCGUAACAUUGGUUCUUGUUAAUUCUUGUGGGAUUCCAAAAGCCCUGCCCCCUCUCUCCUUCCUUCUUCCUCACAUGGAGGUGUCAUGAGAGAGCUUUCUAAAACGAACUGCAAUUCUAAACCUGCACCUGUCCUGCCCCAGAUGCCAACACAGCUCUCAAUCUAGUCACACUAUGUACAUCAUGGAAAGAUCAAGCGUUCUGGAAGGCAAGAGUGAUUGCAAGAAGCGGUGUACAUAAAUGUUGGAUGUCACUGAGACUCAAAUCCCAAGCAACCACUGUAAGGCGUACUCCAGUCCAGAUAUGAGAGUACCAACAGGACAGUGAGCCCUAAGCGAUGCCCAAGAGAUACGCAGACUGAUGAAAUAAUCUAUGCCCACAGAAUACCUGACCAAGAUGGUCCUGUGACCAAGGGUAAUCAAGAAAUGGGAGCCUUCACCUUAGCCACGAAACAGCAGCUAGACGUCUGAACAGAGGACACAUUUCCUGGUGUUUACAAAUGUUAAGUACUCUUGACACAACAUUUUAAAAUUUCCAAUCCUAGACCAGGUGGCGGUGGCACAUGCCUUUAAUCCCAGCACUUGGGAGGCAAAGCCGAGUUCGAGGCCAGCCCAGUCUACAGAGCAAGAUCCAGGACAGGCACCAAAACUACACAGAGAAAACCUGUCUCGAAAAACAAAAAAAAAAAAAAAAAAAAAAAAAAAAAUUCCAAUCCUUUUAUGAAGUUUGUUGCAGUAAAACAAUGCCUUCAGCUCUACGAAUGUAUAGACUAGUUAGAAAUGUCAAAAAGACUGUGUAAAAAAAUAAAGGUGCAUUUGAGGUAUAUUUUUAUUCUUGGCCAGUAAAUAAGAAAUCUUAUUACAGCAUAAUUUUUUAAAGAACAUUUUGUAAUUUUUCUAAAUAUGUGUAUAUAUGUAUUAUGCCACAGUGUUGGGAAAUGACCCUGGACUACUUUGUGAUUGUAAAUUCCAAACAAUAAAACUGAAGAUAUACUCCUU